AUGUCCCAGGGGUCCCCUCCUUCUUUGGGAGGGUUCCUGGGGUCCGCACCAUCCUUGAGACCGUCCCAGGGCCUCCAGUCGCCCCUGGGUGUUUCCUUGGGGACUCCGCCGCUCCCGGGAGGUUCCCAGAAGACCCCGGCAUCCCUGGAAGGUUUCCUGGGACUCCUGCUGCAUCUGGGAGAGUCCCAGGGGUCCCUGCCGCUCCUUGGAGGGACCCUGUGGCCCCACUCGCCCCUGGGAUGUUCCCUUGAGUCCCAGGUGCUCGUGUGGAUCCCGGAAGUGUCCCAGGGGCCCCCGUCGCCUCUGGGAGGGUGCUUGGGGCCCUCUACGCCCCUGAGAGGGUCCUCACCACACCUGGGUGGGUCCUAUGGGCCUCCUCCGUCCCUGAGAGGAUCCCUGGGGUCCCCAGCACCCCCUGGGAGGGUUACAGGGGCCCCGCCGACCAUGGGAGUAUCCAAGGAUCCCCACCGCAUCUGGGAAGGAUUCAGUGACCCCAUCGCUUCUAUAAGGAUCCCAGGGGCCCCACGACCUCCGGGAGUGUCCCCGUCGCACAUGGGAGGAUCUCUGGGGGCAGUUGUUUUUCUGCUAUUUAGAGCUCUGGUAGAUGUGACUACAACACCCAUCAUAACAUUUCCAGUAUUAUCGCUUCCUUAA